CUGCGCGCUGACGUCACUACUCCACCAGCGCAGUGUUGAGCGUCCAGCCGCUCUUCACUAAUGCGAACAAACACACGAUAAUAUAACCUGGAAUACUUAAUUUCACACCGACGGGCGCAGGAUGGGUUUCUCCGUCUGAUUAGUCCAGUCUGAAGGAUUUAAAAGAAGAUUUUAGAGGGUUAAAGGAAAACUGAAGGAUACACGUUGACAAAGACCCGAUGAGGCUUCGAAAGUGAAGAGAGAAAACUAGUAAUUAAAGCCAAAAAGAUGGACCUGAAGCUACUUUUCAUAUCAGCAUUAUUAGGCAUCAUCAGCUGCAGUCAUGCACAGCAGGAGGGCAACGAGUGCAUUAAAGCCAACGCUUUGUCCUGCGGCGAGUGCAUACAAGUGGGGGACAAAUGUGGAUGGUGCACUGAUGCGGAGUUUCUGAAGCAGGGAGAGCCGACAUCGGCGCGCUGUGAUGAGCUGGAGUCGCUCAAGAAAAGAGGCUGCGCAGAAGAUAAGAUCGAGAACCCGCACGGCAGCCAGAGAAUCCUGAAGAAUACACCGGUGACCAACCGCAAGAAAGGAGCCGAGAAACUCCGACCCGAGGACAUCACGCAGAUCCAGCCUCAGAAACUCAGCCUCCAGCUCAGAUCCGGAGAACCUCAGAAUAUUAAACUGAAGUUCAAGCGGGCUGAGGACUAUCCCAUAGACCUGUACUACCUGAUGGACCUGUCCUACUCCAUGAAGGACGACCUGGAGAACGUUAAAAACCUGGGGACGAGUCUGAUGAAGGAGAUGUCCAAGAUCACCUCAGACUUCAGGAUAGGUUUUGGCUCUUUUGUGGAGAAGACCGUCAUGCCGUAUAUCAGCACGACUCCGGCCAAGCUUCUAAACCCCUGCACUGGAGACCAGAACUGCACCAGCCCCUUCAGCUACAAAAACGUGCUCAAACUGACCAGCAACGGGCAGCGCUUCAACAGCCUGGUGGGACAACAGCAGAUUUCUGGAAACCUGGACUCUCCUGAGGGAGGAUUCGAUGCCAUCAUGCAAGUGGCCGUCUGUGGAGAGCACAUUGGCUGGAGAAACGUCACCCGUUUGUUGGUUUUCUCUACUGACGCAGGUUUUCAUUUUGCUGGAGAUGGGAAACUCGGAGGAAUUGUGCUUCCCAAUGAUGGGAGGUGUCACUUAGAAAAUGACAUGUACACCAUGAGCCAUUAUUACGAUUACCCCUCGAUCGCCCACUUGGUUCAGAAACUGAGUGAAAACAACAUCCAGACCAUCUUCGCUGUUACAGAAGAGUUUCAGCCUGUAUAUAAAGAACUCAAAAAUCUGAUUCCAAAGUCUGCAGUCGGCACGCUUUCAGCAAACUCCAGCAACGUUAUCAAUCUCAUUGUUGAUGCUUAUAAUUCUCUUUCCUCAGAGGUGAUCCUGGAGAACAGUAAGCUUCCUGAAGGAGUGACCAUCACAUAUCAGUCGCGCUGUAAGAACGGUGUGGUCAACGAAGGAGAGAGUGGAAGGAAAUGCUCCAACAUCUCAAUCGGAGACGAGGUGUCGUUCAACAUUAACAUCACGGCUCAAGGCUGCCCUAAACAAGGCAAGACAGAGACCAUAAAGAUCAAGCCGCUGGGCUUCACUGAGGAGGUGGAGAUAACACUGAGCUUCAUCUGCGAAUGCGAAUGCCACAAACACGCCAUGAAGAACAGCCCGCUGUGCCACAACGGCAAUGGCUCCUUUGAGUGCGGAGCCUGCAGGUGUAAUAAGGGUCGUGUGGGUCGUCAGUGUGAGUGCCGGAAGGAUGAAGUGUCCACCGAGGAUCUGGACAAGAACUGCCGCAAAGACAACGGCACCGACAUCUGCAGCAACAACGGCGAGUGUGUGUGCGGGACCUGCGAAUGCAAGAAGCGGGAGAAUCCAGAGGAGCGAUACAGCGGGAAAUACUGCGAGUGCGACAACUUCAACUGCGACCGCUCCAACAACAAACUCUGCGGAGGUCACGGCCGCUGUGAGUGCAGGGUGUGUGUGUGCGACGCCAACUACACAGGCAGCGCCUGCGACUGCUCCCUCGACACCUCCACCUGUCUGGCCUCCAACAAGCAGAUCUGCAACGGCCGGGGGAUCUGUGAGUGCGGGACCUGCAGGUGCACAGACCCCAAGUUCCAAGGGCCCACCUGCGAGAUCUGCCCCACCUGCCCCGGAGUCUGCACCGAACACAAGGAGUGUGUUCAGUGUCGUGCGUUCGGCACCGGAGAGAAGAAGGACACCUGUAAGCGCGACUGCAGCUACUUCAACCUGAUCGAGGUGGAGGAUCGAGACAAACUCCCGCAGCCGGUGCAGGCCUUUCCACUAAUGCACUGCAAGGAGAGAGAUGCGCGAGACUGCUGGUUCUACUACACAUACGCCGUCAACAACAACACAGAGAAGGAGGUGCACGUCGUCAAGACCAUGGAGUGUCCGCCGGGUCCAGAUAUCAUCCCCAUCGUGGCCGGUGUAGUGGCAGGAAUCGUGCUGAUCGGUCUCGCUCUGCUGCUCAUCUGGAAGCUGCUCAUGAUCAUCCACGACCGACGUGAAUUCGCCAAAUUCGAGAAGGAGAAGAUGAACGCCAAGUGGGACACGGGAGAAAACCCCAUCUACAAGAGCGCCGUCACAACUGUGAUCAACCCCAAAUACGAAGGCAAAUAAUGGCCAUCAGAAUCACUCACCAGGAUGUUUGGCAAGGGAUGGGUGUGCGGAUUUCCUCCCUAUUUCUUUAUUUUCUCAUUCGUUUAGAUCAAUACUAGGAAGUUGUAUUUCAUGUCCGCCUCUCAUCCCUUGCAAACCUGUACAGUCUGUAUAGUCUUUUAACUUUCAUUGGUUUUCCUUCUUUUACACCCUGUGCACAUUCACGCAAUCUCUCAAUUCAGAACCGACAGAUAUCUGUGCCUUUGCAUAAAGCUUUAUAUAAAAGGGAUCCUUAAAAAUCCAGACUUAGUGGAAAUACAGGCCUACAGUAUUGAAAAACAUGCAAUGCAUUGCUCCAGGUACGUUUCGUUGUACGUUUCAGAUGACAAAUCCACUAGAGGGCGGAAGAUUUUUGGAAAUUUACAUAAGUUAAGGCCACAGUGCAGUUAAUUUUUAUUCUUAAAAAAUAAGUUUAAAGGUGCUCUGACUCUCCUAAAGCAUAAAAACACCCUAAUAUGUGCAGAUAUUUCAGAAACAUGCUCAGUGAACAUUCCUGUUUAUCUGAAAUGCAAUGCUGAAGUCAGAUAUUCUGCUUUGAACUUGUCCGUUACGUCGUUUGUCUUUGUUUUGGUCUCUUUAACCCACCCAGUAUAGCCACGUCUAUUUCAGAACCCCGGGUUGCCAGAUGGUGGAAAACACCGUAUUUGAUUCAUUCAGUCAGAAGGCUCUCAAAGCAUGCGUCUGUGACUGAAAUACGACGUCUGGUGGACAGUAGCAGACUCCAAAAUGAGACGCAGAGUUCCACAUGAGGUUAUUAGUUAGCAAAUAAUAUAAAUAUAACAAAUGUAAGCAUUAGGUGAGCAGGUUACAUUGUAACCCGUGUCCUAACAACACGCUAUUUGAGGAGAUGGGCAGUGAUAAGCAAUGGGCUAUAUGCACACAGACUUCUCAUUUUCAGCCUAAUUUCAGUCUUUCCAUUAGAAAAUUGUCAUGUUUAAGAUCUGAUUUCUUUAAAAAUCAGCAAUCUUCACUGCCUGUUAGAUAUACGAUAUGAUGUGGGUCUCAGAUCAGACUAGAAGCUCUGCAUUAAACUCCGUUUAAUAUAUGACCGGUUAUUUUACCCCAGUAUUUUCAAUGGAAUUUCUGCGCUCGCCUGUUGCUACUGACGGUGCUAGCGGUUACAACGGUCUUUCAGCUCGUUUUACGCUUCAAAGACUAAACGAAUGCUUAAGUCUAUUUAACUGAAUGAAUUGUAAUUACAUUCCAACAUCGAUGCUGUAUAAACAACCUUGUGAAAUUGAAACUACUCACAUUAAGCUUUCACCAGAAGUUUAUCAUCGGCUUUGAAACUUUAGCUGUGCACUGAGCCCAUUAGAUUAAACAUCGUACGAUGCCGAAAUGGGGAGGUUUAUAAUCUAAUGAAUACAUAUUAAACCUUUUAACAUGAUUGAAUGUAGAUGCUGAAUCACUGAUAUGUGUUGGUUUGCACCUUGCAGUCUCAGUUCUGAAGUUCAGUUGUUGGUUAGGACAAAAGCCUCUUUAGUAAUAUGAAGCAUAUUCCUUAUAUCACGUGCCGUUGCUUUUAGUUAAAACAUGGUUUAAAUCAGCCUUUGUUGGUGUCGUCAAUCUGGCAACCUGCUCUUGUGUGUGUGUGUUUUGAACCAGGGGUGCAAUACCUUGUUCAACCACUGGGUGUCAAACUUACAUACUGCACCUUUAAGUAACAUUAAACUGCAUUCUAGCAAAUCACUGACCUGAACCCAACCAAUAGUGUUUUCAAAAGCAGAUGGAAGAGAAAAGUGCACUGUGACCGCAUAGUUUUACAUUAAAAUAAUGCGUUAUUCAUCAAUAAUAUGUCCCUGUAAAUAUCAUUAGUGUGAAAAGCAACAAAAGCUGUCAUCAUAGUGUUUAUUUUACCUACACUCUCAGAAAUAAAGGUACGUGAGCUGUCACUGGGGUGGUACACUUUCAAAAGAAACACUUUUGUACCUUAAAGGUCCAUAUUAAAACCUCAAGGGUACAUAAUAGUACCUAAAAGGUACAAAAGUGUUCCUCUUAAAAUUUUGAGGUACUAAUAUUUACUUUUGAGGUACCAAUAUGGACCCGUUAAGUACAAACCUUUUGAAAAGGAACCACCCCAGUAUCAGCUCGCCUACCUUUAUUUCUGACAGUGUAGAAACCGCAGUCAAACUUAUGCAAAAAGUCGAUUUUUAUGGUUUCCUGAAGGAUGCAUUUCCAAUAAGCCUGUGUUGAAUCCCUUAUCAUCACCCAAAAAAAUCAUUGAAGCUGAUCAAAUGCAAUUUUAAACCAUCGUCUAGUUGUUAGUUUUUAUUCUGUCCUGCUUUAUCAGUCAUAUGUUGCCGUAUGUGUUUGUUUUUCUGAGCUGAUGAAUGUUUGGUUUGAGCAUCUAUGCAUACUCGUUUACCCUCAGAUCUUGCAUUUCAUGCCAAAAAAAGCCUUGUUUUUUUAGACUGUGCAAACAGAAAUGUAUUUCUCUCUUAUUGUUGCUCUUAGAAGAUCAUCUCGUGGUCAUUAUGUGUAUUUUACAUGUUAUGAAGAAUUAUAUGUUGAAUUAUUAUGUGACUCUUGAUGAGUAUAAGUGUAAAUCCUGUCGUUUUGUUGCCCAUAAAGUGUAGAAAAUCCAAAUAUCCUUAUACUUUCAUUAGAAAUGAGUAUGAUUAUUGACAACUACAACUGAAGAUGAACCAAGUCAAGUUGUAAUUUGCAUAUUUGAAGUCAGAUGAAGCUACAAACGGGCUUUUUGAGGGUUGUAAUUGGAGAAAAUGAAGAAUUCGAGUGUAAACAGUUUACUCAGUGGUACAUCAGCCCUGUAGCUUUACUUAUUUUAAUAAUAAUAAUAGAUCGAGGCUCACUUUUUUUUUUAUAGAUUUUGGUUCACAAAGUAUUUCAUCCAUUCAUUUUCUGUUCGACUUUGAAAUAUUGUUUGUCGUGAUCUAAAUAUAUUCAUAAAUAUUGAAGUAGUUUGAGGUUAUAAUGAGAUUCAAUUGCAGUGCUUCAUGGAAGUGGGCGGAGCUAAAGAUCUCUUGACGUGCUUAACUCUCUGAUUGGUGGACUUGCGCGCACAGCAUCUUGGGUAAUGUAGUUUUCCCACCUCAAAUUCUACUAUUGAACACUGUAUUGAUUAUUUUAGGAAAAAGUUGAAUUCAUGUGAACUGAUGAGUAUAUACCUUCAGUUAAAAACUGUGGGGAAAAUGAAUGGAGGAUUUGCUUCCUGAACCAGACUCUUGUGCUAAAUUGAACAUAUGUAGUAACAUUUCAGGCAUUUAAAACCCGAAUCACUCACAAAAUAUGAUCAAGCUAGAAAAGAAAUGAUUUGAUUGCCUGCCCCGACAGCCAGUGUAUUCGCUUGAGGAUGUUUUAAGUGCCUUUAUUUCUCAAUAUUGCAGUUUUUGAAUUUAUUUAUUAAAACUAAAUCUAAAUAA